AUGUGUAGUUUAAGUUUAAAGCUAAAUAGACUAUCAUCAUCAUUAUUAUCAUUUACAACAGCAGCCUCUCGAGUAAACAAUACAUUAAUAACUAAUCAGAUUCCUCAUUCUUCACUCUUUUGCUGUAGUAAUAGACAACUAUCAUCAUCGACAUCAUCGACAUUCUUUAAACUAGACAAUACAAACAAUAGUAAUAAGAAGUAUUAUACAACCUCAUCAUCAUCAUCAUCAACUCCAUCAUUUGUUGAUUUACAAUAUAAAAUAAUGACAUCUCAAACCAAUACACAAAGACUAUUACCAGUUGAAAAGCAAGCAGACUGGAGAUUCAACACUCACGAACUCCCCGGUAUCUUUAGAGGUAUUCCUGAUAUUUUCGAUGGUAUCACUGUCAACGAUGACACUCAAUAUCCAAAUGAUGUUGAUACUUUUGAAAUUCAUCUUAAAAAUAGUAUUGAAUAUUGGGUAGAAAAUAAGAGAAGAGGAGUAUGGAUUAAAAUACCAGAAUCAAAGUCUGAAUUCAUUCCAAUUGUUGUUAGACAAGGAUUUUCAUUCCAUCAUUGUCAAUCGGAUUAUAUCAUGUUGACAAAAUGGUUGCCUCAAGACAAGAAUAGAUUGCCAGACUAUACAUCUCAUUUCAUUGGUUGUGGAGGAUUGGUCAUCAACGACAAGAAAGAGAUUCUUUUAAUCACCGAGAAACAACGUCCCAACAAAUGGAAGAUUCCAGGUGGUGCUCUCGACUCGGGCGAGGAUAUUUGUACUACUGCAGUUCGUGAAGUUUGGGAGGAAACUGGUGUAAAGACUGAAUUUGUUUCGGUACUUGGUUUUAGACAACUACACAACUAUCAAUUCAAUAGAGGUGAUAUUUAUUUUGUUUGUGCUCUCAAACCUCUAUCUUCUGAUAUUAAUUUGGAUCCAAAUGAAAUUGCUCAAUGUAAAUGGCUUCCUAUUGAAGAAUUUGUAAAGAACCUUGAAACAUUCCCAUUACAAAGAUCUAUUUCAAGAUUGGCUUACGAGUAUGCAUUCAAUGGAUAUAAAGGUCUCAAGGCAUCAGAAGUUUCAAAUUCUCUAAAGAAUGGUAAUUCAUUUGUUUAUCAUGGAUCUGAUGCUGAUUUUGAUGAUUUGAUUUGGGUAAAUCCAGAUAAAAAAACAAAUGGUACACAUUAA